AUGGCGGCCCCGACGUUUACUGCGAGGUUAUACUCCCUGUUGUUCCGCAGGACCUCCACUUUCGCCCUCACCAUCGCCGUGGGCGCUUUGUUCUUCGAGCGCGCCUUCGACCAAGGCGCGGACGCGAUCUACGAACACAUCAACGAGGGGAGCUGUCUGACCUUACGGCCCAGGAAGACUCUGCCCACUAAUGCUGUCCGCCUGUGGCCUGGACAACUUUCUGUCCCUAUGAAAGUGUUGCCACUGUUCCAUCUCCUGAAAGCAGUUCUGCUGGCCAUUUUCAAUGUUUGGGAACAGCAUUUAAGUAUGCUAUCAAAACAUCAAUCUGUGCUUUUAGGAAUGAGAAUCCAACUAGCUCCUGACCCAAGAAUAAUAUGUUUAAGGAACUAAAAAAUGAUACAGUGUGAAUUAUUUGGGCCUAUGCAUUUAGAUCUCUUGAAUAAUACCUGGGAGUUAAGGAAAUAAGGCAUCUUCUGGGCUCUGUUCCUUAAUUGUGUACUUUUGAGCAGUUACCUCAAUUUCCUGUAAAAGAAGGAUCAUCCUCCCCCACUUAAUUUUACAUGGCAAUUGAUAACAUCAACGCAUUUUGCAAGUGUUGGGAAUGUGCGUCAAGCCUAGCGUUGCUUCCGUUUUGCCCACCCCAACUGUCCAGACGUGGUAUAUGUUUUUCUCAAGCUUGUUUUAGAGACCAGGACAGUGGGAGUAGCUGCAAAAUGAGAGAAACAAAACUAAAAGUUUGUGACUUUU